GCGAGACCGAGCAGGGUGAGGGGCGGGGAAAUCGAGCUGGUAAAGCGCGCGGCGAAGGACACCUCACGGGAUACGCAGGAAGGAAAUUCGCGACCUAAGAGACGUUACCGCCGGUAACAGGCGGUGAUUGUCCGCCGCAAGAGAGCGGCCAACUACAGAAACAAAAGUGUCAGGCUUCUGAAAUAUCGCUGACGUCACAGCUCUCGCGAGACACACCGACUGGCUGGAAAGGCAGCGCAGUGUCCGAAAAGAGGAGGAGGCCGGGGAGACAUGAUGAUGAUGGAGCCCCCGUUACCCCCAACCCAGGAUCAACAGUCUGUUAGAAAUCAAAACGAAGAGGCGGAGGAGAAAAGCCCGAGCCAGACAAGCAGUGGGACUCAUGGUCCAGCCGGCGAAGCGCCUGCGGAACUCAGCAAGUCUGCCAGAGGCCUGGUCAGGAUGUGCGACUUGCUGCUGAAGAAGAAGCAACAGCGCCAGCGGAGGCAACAAGGAACUGGAGCUUCGCCGGCCUCACCCACUGGGACUGGGCCUCCUGGCAGAAGCCGCAGACAGAAGAGGAGUCGUAGCAGCCGUACAGCCAGCAGCAGCGAUACCGACAAGAGUAGCGACAGCGCCGGCAGUAGCAGCCAAGAUGAGGAGGAGGAAGAGGAAGAAGAGGUGUCCGAGGUGGAGUCCUUCAUUUUGGACCAGGAUGAUUUGGAGAACCCAAUGCUGGAGACUGCUUCCAAGCUACUUCUGUCAGGAACAGCAGAUGGCACAGAUCUAAGAACAGUAGACCCUGAAACACAGGCCAGACUUGAGGCGCUGCUUGAAGCUGCAGGAAUUGGUAAAUUAUCCACUGCUGAUGGUAAAGCGUUCGCAGAUCCUGAAGUACUCCGCAGAUUGACAUCCUCGGUCAGCUGCGCGUUGGAUGAAGCUGCUGCUGCACUUACCAGAAUGAGAGCUGAGAGCACCUCUAAUGCAGGGCAGACGGACAACCGCAGUUUAGCAGAAGCUUGCUCUGAAGGAGAUGUGAAUGCAGUGCGGAAGCUUCUUAUUGAAGGCCGCAGUGUCAAUGAGCACACAGAAGAAGGGGAGUCCCUUCUCUGCCUCGCCUGUUCAGCGGGGUACUAUGAACUUGCACAGGUUCUUCUGGCUAUGCAUGCAAAUGUAGAAGAUCGAGGCAUAAAAGGAGAUAUAACGCCUUUGAUGGCUGCUGCUAAUGGGGGACAUGUGGAAAUUGUGAAACUGCUGCUAGCCCAUGAUGCUGAUGUAAACUCCCAGUCAUCCACAGGAAACACAGCACUUACCUAUGCCUGUGCAGGGGGUUAUGUAGAGGUUGUUAAGGUGCUGCUGGAAUCCGGUGCUAGCAUCGAAGACCAUAAUGAGAAUGGUCACACGCCACUUAUGGAAGCAGGAAGUGCUGGGCAUGUGGAAGUAGCCAGGGUCCUUCUGGAGAACGGAGCAGGAAUUAAUACUCAUUCCAACGAGUUUAAGGAGAGUGCACUUACUUUGGCAUGCUAUAAAGGGCAUUUAGAGAUGGUAAGGUUCCUUUUGGAAGCUGGAGCAGAUCAGGAACACAAGACUGAUGAAAUGCACACUGCCUUAAUGGAAGCUUGCAUGGAUGGCCAUGUCGAGGUAGCUCGGCUGCUUCUUGACAGUGGAGCUCAGGUAAACAUGCCAGCGGACUCCUUUGAGUCACCGCUAACACUGGCAGCUUGUGGCGGACAUGUAGAGCUGGCAGGCUUGCUUAUUGAGCGUGGUGCUAACCUGGAGGAAGUUAAUGAUGAAGGUUAUACACCUCUUAUGGAAGCAGCGAGAGAAGGACAUGAAGAAAUGGUGGCAUUACUUCUGGGACAGGGAGCAAACAUCAAUGCUCAAACAGAAGAAACUCAAGAAACUGCCCUUACCUUGGCUUGUUGUGGUGGCUUUUUGGAAGUAGCUGAUUUUCUGAUUAAAGCUGGAGCAGAUAUAGAGCUAGGAUGCUCUACUCCCUUGAUGGAGGCGGCUCAAGAAGGGCACUUAGACUUGGUCAAAUUCUUGCUAUCAGCUGGAGCCAAUGUCCAUGCAACAACCGCAACAGGUGACACAGCUUUGACAUAUGCAUGUGAAAAUGGGCAUACAGAUGUGGCAGAUGUUUUACUUCAAGCUGGUGCAGACUUGGAGCAUGAAUCAGAAGGCGGAAGGACUCCCUUAAUGAAAGCGGCCAGGGCCGGUCAUGUCUGCACUGUCCAGUUUCUCAUUAGCAAAGGUGCCGAUGUGAACAGGACAACAGCGAACAAUGACCAUACAGUGCUAUCUCUUGCGUGUGCUGGAGGACAUUUGGCCGUGGUAGAGUUGCUUUUGGCUCAUGGAGCUGAUCCCACUCGCAGACUAAAGGAUGGUUCUACAAUGCUCAUUGAAGCUGCCAAAGGUGGUCACACUAGUGUGGUUUGCUACCUGUUGGAUUACCCCAAUAACCUUCUCUCUGCUCCCCCGCCUGAUGUCACACAGUUCACACCACCUUCCCAUGAUUUGAAUCGGGCUCCUCGUGUACCAAUGCAGGCACUGCCAAUGGUUGUCCCACCCCAGGAACCAGACAAACCCCCUGCCAAUGUUGCUACAAACCUUCCCAUCAGAAAUAAAGCUGCUUCUAAGCAGAAGUCCAGUGGCCAUGUGCCAGACGGUGGCCAGGAUGCGCAGGGAUACAUCAGCAGUCAGUCUCCAGAGAGCAUUGUUGAAGAGGCUCAGGGGAAGCUAACAGAGUUGGAGCAGAGGAUCAAAGAAGCCAUUGAAAAGAAUGCCCAGUUACAGUCCUUGGAGCUGGCACAUGCUGACCAGCUGACCAAGGAGAAGAUAGAGGAGCUAAACAAAACCCGUGAAGAGCAGAUUCAGAAGAAACAAAAGAUUUUGGAGGAGCUUCAAAAGGUUGAGAGGGAACUGCAGCUAAAGACCCAACAGCAGCUUAAAAAACAAUACCUUGAAGUGAAGGCCCAGAGAAUCCAACUUCAGCAACAGCAGCAACAACAAUCCUGCCAGCAUCUGGGGCUGUUAACUUCAGUAGGUGAAGAAAUUACAGAAGUAGACUAUGCCCAUUUACAGCAGGUUGACACCAUCCUGCUGAAGGAGGACUCUCAGCAACCUGCUGUACAGAUGGGUUUUAGCCCCAUGCAGCCUCUGGCAAUACCACAAGCUUUACCUUUAGCAGCUGGUGCUUUAUCCUCUGGGCCCAUUGCAAAUCUAGCAGACCUCCAAGGAGUUAUAGUGGGACAACAAGAAUUGGGUCAAGCACAGCUAACUGGUAUUGGGCCAGGUGUUCUCUCCGAAACACAAGAAGGUUUAAUGGUAGCCAGUCCUGCACAGACCCUCACUGAUACGCUAGAUGACAUCAUGGCAGCAGUGAGUGGACGAACAUCUGCAAUAUCAAACACUCCUACCCACAGCAUUGCAACUUCCAUUUCCCAACCUCAGACGCCAACUCCAAGCCCUAUCAUCUCUCCUUCAGCCAUGUUGCCUAUCUACCCUUCGAUUGAUAUUGAUGCACAGACUGAAAGUAAUCAUGAUACCGCUCUGACUCUGGCCUGUGCUGGUGGACAUGAGGAACUUGUGCAGACGCUUCUAGAAAGAGGGGCCAACAUUGAACAUAGAGACAAAAAAGGCUUCACCCCACUUAUUUUGGCUGCAACUGCUGGGCAUGUUGGUGUGGUGGAAAUUUUGUUAGACAGCGGUGCAGAUAUUGAAGCUCAGUCUGAGAGGACCAAGGACACACCGCUAUCUUUGGCCUGCUCUGGAGGCAGACAAGAGGUGGUGGAGUUGUUGUUGGCCCGUGGGGCGAAUAAAGAACAUAGAAAUGUUUCAGACUACACCCCUUUAAGUUUGGCUGCUUCUGGUGGCUAUGUAAACAUUAUCAAAAUCUUGUUGAAUGCUGGAGCUGAGAUCAAUUCCAGAACUGGUAGCAAGUUGGGAAUCUCUCCUUUGAUGUUGGCAGCAAUGAAUGGUCACACAUCUGCUGUGAAACUUCUCCUGGAUAUGGGCUCGGACAUCAAUGCCCAAAUAGAAACCAAUCGCAAUACUGCACUUACGCUGGCUUGUUUCCAAGGGAGAACUGAAGUGGUUAGCCUGCUCCUGGACAGGAAAGCUAAUGUGGAGCAUAGAGCUAAGACUGGUCUUACUCCCUUGAUGGAAGCCGCAUCCGGUGGUUAUGCCGAAGUGGGGAGAGUGCUUCUUGAUAAAGGUGCAGAUGUGAACGCCCCUCCUGUGCCAUCUUCACGAGACACGGCUCUGACCAUUGCAGCAGACAAGGGCCACUAUAAAUUCUGUGAGCUCCUUAUCAGCAGGGGAGCACAUAUUGAUGUCCGCAACAAAAAGGGCAACACUCCUCUGUGGCUGGCAGCGAACGGAGGUCAUUUGGAUGUUGUUCAGCUGUUGGUUCAGGCCGGAGCUGAUGUAGAUGCAGCAGACAACAGAAAGAUAACUCCUCUCAUGGCAGCGUUUAGAAAGGGUCAUGUUAAGGUGGUGCGCUACCUUGUGAAAGAGGUAAACCAAUUCCCAUCAGACUCCGAGUGCAUGAGAUACAUUGCUACCAUAACAGACAAGGAGAUGUUGAAGAAGUGCCACCUCUGUAUGGAAUCAAUUGUUCAAGCCAAAGACAGACAGGCUGCUGAAGCAAACAAGAAUGCUAGCAUCCUUUUAGAGGAGCUGGAUCUGGAAAAGUUGAGAGAGGAAAGCAGAAGGCUCGCAUUGGCUGCAAAACGAGAGAAAAGGAAGGAGAAACGGCGAAAAAAGAAAGAGGAGCAAAGGAGAAAACUUGAAGAAAUAGAAGCAAAAAAUAAGGAGAACUUUGAACUGCAAGCUGCUCUUGAGAAGGAAAAACAAAAAGCUGAGGAUGAACCCCAAGUCUUAACCGAGCCACCUAGUGCAACCACAACCACCACUAUUGGAAUAUCUGCCACGUGGACGACACUCGCUGGGUCUCAUGGGAAAAGAAACAAUACAAUAACAACCAGCAGCACCAAGCGGAAAACUAGAAAGAACAAAAUUGCUGCAGAAAAUGUGCAGAUUAUCUUUGAAGACCAGCUCCCUAUUGCGUAUGGGCAGCAAGAAAAGCUCAAUGGAGAGUCUAAGAGCAGCAGUACCAGUGAAAGUGGAGACAGUGACAACAUGAGGAUCUCCAGCUGCAGCGAUGAGAGCAGUAACAGCAGCAAUAAGAGUGACAAUCAUUCUUCUACAAUUGACAUUAGUUUACCAAGCAAAAAGAAACCCUCUGUCCUUGUCACUUCUCCCAAGGAGGAUAGAAAAAUACCAGCUAAAACUUCAGUAAAGUUAUCUGAAUCCGUUGUUGAAGCAACUGUUAAUUCGUUGUCCGCAAGCACUAAAUCUGGGCCUUCGCCACUUACUUCUCCUAAUGGGAAGCUUACCAUAGCUAGUCCUAAAAGGGGGCAGAAGAGGGAAGAAGGCUGGAAAGAAGUAGUCAGACGGUCAAAGAAAGUGUCCGUACCAUCUACAGUCAUUUCACGAGUUAUUGGGAGGGGUGGCUGUAACAUCAAUGCUAUCAGAGAGUUCACAGGUGCACAUAUCGACAUUGACAAACAAAAGGACAAAACCGGAGACAGAAUAAUAACAAUAAGAGGUGGAACAGAAUCCACCAGACAGGCAACGCAUUUGAUUAAUGCACUCAUUAAAGAUCCUGACAAAGAAAUAGAUGAACUUAUCCCAAAGAAUCGUUUAAAAAGCUCCUCUGCGAACUCAAAAACUUCAUAUUCAACUUCUGCCACCAUUUCCUCAGUUAACAAUUCAGUUAUGGGUAUUAAAGUCACUGCUGUCACAGUGUCAUCGACAUCACAAGCUGCCUCUGCACUCUCAGUCCCAGCCAUUAGUUCAGCAUCUACUCACAAACCAUUGAAAAACCCGGUGAAUAAUGUGCGACCCGGAUUUCCAGUCUCUCUCCCUCUGGCUUAUCCUCCGCCACAGUUUGCUCAUGCUCUACUCGCUGCCCAGACUUUCCAACAGAUCCGUCCUCCUCGAUUGCCUAUGACACACUUUGGAAGUACCUUUCCUCCAGCCCAGUCCACCUGGGGCCCCUUUCCUGUCAGACCUCUUAGCCCUGCACGAGCUACUAAUUCUCCUAAGCCUCACGUGAUGCCUCGCCAUACUACCCAAAAUAAUAGCUCUCAGGUGAUCCCUGGAGUCUCGUCUACUAGCCCAACUGUUACUUCAAGCUCUGCUGCCACAAGUGUGCCUGUCUCAUCCUCAAGCGUGAGCCUCGGCUCGCCUUCAGUUAGAAGACAACUAUUUGUCACAGUGGUUAAAACCUCUAACGCCACAGCAACCACAUUAACCACAACUGCAAGCAACCACGUCACCACACCAACAGCCUCCACGUGCUCCAUUCCCACUGCCAAAGAACAUCGACCUGCAUCAUCACCAUCCCCGCCAUCCCUACCUGGAGGGGGAUCUCGAAGCAGCCCCUCUGAUUGCCUGACAUGUUCUCCUAAUAAAGGGACCUCACUUUCCUCUGAGCAGGAUCUGGGUAGCCAGCCUGUCAUGGAGGCAACUAGCUCAGGCAAUGGCAAGCAAGCGAGCUCUACCUCUGGGAGUGCCUCAAUGCACUCGGCACAUCAGCAUCCUUCAAACUCUAUUUCCCAAGAUUCCCGACCACCUCCAAUGCAGACACCUGCUCCCCCUCCACCAGAUCCAAGGAUGGUGCCAUCCCUUAACUUAGCUGUAAGUGGUCCCUCUCACCAGGCUGCUCCUUCUAACAUGUCUUCAUCAUAUUCCUUAUCCCAGCCAUCUAUGGUUUCUACACAGUCUGCUGCUAAAAUGGAAAAUUCUGCAGUUAGACCUCACUCCCAUGGAGCAAACCCCUCACACAAGAAUCAAGUACCCAUACAGAGUUCCCCGGUGUCUGGCCUUGUUGCACAUGCAAAUAUGAAGCGGCCGCAGAGUGUGCAGUCUUUUGGUUCACAUCCUCACAAUCUAAGCACACAAAGUGCUGCUCAGAAUUCCGGUCACCCCUCAAGCAAACCAAUGGGUCCCAACUUCAGUUCUGCUUUACCAUAUAGUCCAUUUAGCACACUGUUUGAAAAUAAUCCAAAUCCUCCUCACCCUUUCUGGGGUGGCUCUAUGGUUUCUUCUCAGUCAACUCAAGAUUCCAUGCUCUCCACACAAGCUUCAUAUUUGCCAAAUCCUGACUCUAUGCUUCCAUCUGAAACUUCCAAAGCCCCAGGUUUCAGGCCAUCUGUGCAAAGGCCACCUCCAAAUCAGUCAGGUAUUGUAAACAUGGAUUCAUCUUACACCUCAGUGGCAUCAUCCACAACCCAUCUGGGUACCUUUGCCUCAAAUCUUUCGGGAAGUCAAAUGUAUGCACCCGGGGGUCCUCAUACAGCUGCUAACUUCAACAGGCAACACUUUUCUCCUUUAAGUUUAUUGACGCCAUCUUCAUCAGCGUCCAGUGAUUCUUCAGGCCAGACUGUGUCUGCUGGUGUUCGUGCACAGUCCCCAUCCCCUUCGGUGUCUGAGAAACCCAAUUCGGUGCCUCAUGACAGAAAAGUUCCUGUGCCAAUUGGAACAGAACGGUCAGCGCGGAUACGGCAGACGGGGACCUCUACUCCAUCUGUGAUCGGGAGCAACUUGGCAGCUUCAGUGGGUCAUAGCGGAAUCUGGUCUUUUGAAGGCAUGGGAGGGAGUCAAGAUAAAGUGUCGGACUGGUGCCACCCAGGUAUGGGCAAUCACAUGAUCCACAGGCCCAUGUCUGACCCAGGUGUGUUCUCACAACAUCAAGGAAUGGAGAGAGACAGUUCUGGAAUUGUGCCUGCUUCAGGGGCAUACCAACAGCAUGUUCCAGCGGGCUACAUGGACUUUCCGAAAGUUGGGGGUAUGCCUUUCUCCAUGUAUGGAAAUGCAAUGAUCCCUCCUGUAGCUCCAAUGCCGGAUGGCACAGGUGGACCAAUUUUCAAUGGACCUCAUGCUGCUGAUCCUGCUUGGAAUUCAAUUAUAAAGAUUUCAAACUCUACGGAGAAUGGGCCUCAAACUGUAUGGACUGGAACCUGGGCACCCCACAUGAGCAGUGUGCACAUGAACCAGAUGGGUUGAUUUGGAUUAUCUUGUUAGCAUGGAAAAAAAAUCCUUCAGCGAGUUAGGGGGGAUACCAAAACUUUCAUCCCACAAAAAAAGAGAGCAAAAAGAUGACAUGCUCCAAGAUCAUUCUACAAAUGUGCUUGACUGAAGUGUGCAGGCUUUUUGCAGAUCUUACUAAACUGACCCUUUUCUGUGACCAUUGUGACCACCCAGUCCCCAUCAACAUAAAUCUCACUCGAUAGUUAUCCUUCCCCUGCCCACCUUUAUUUUAUUUUCCCUUUUUCUGUUUUCUUUGUUGACAUAACUCUGAUUUUGUUUUUUUAUUUUUGUUUUGUUUUUUUUUCCUUCCUUGAAGCUGUUUGGCUGGUUGGUUUUAGUACUGUAAACUGCUUCUGAGCAAACACAGAAAUUAGCAAAAUUAUGUAACUGAUUCUGAAGUUUUAGAAUGGCAAAUAAAUGUACAAUUGUUUACAUAACAGAAAAGGCUAAGCAGAGAAUUCAAUAUGUCAGUAUAGAGGCUCUACAUUACGUAGACUUAAAUUAAUGUGAGAUGUACCUUCAUAUUCAGAAAUCUGGAUGUUUCCUUCAUACAUUAAACUAUUAAUAAGCA